GCUGGAAGGAAGCCUCAAGUAGGCUACUGAAGGUGGAGACAAGGACAAAACCUGUCUUUAUCCAAAGGAGGAAGAGGGCAUAAAGCUCAAUUCGACUAAGGAGAAGAAGACCACGACGGUUCGAGAGAUCUACAGUUUCAUCUAUUGUUCCUGACGUGAAAGGCCCGAUAACCUCCUCGUAUUGGCCAAGUCGGCAAUUUAUGGCUUGACCCUUUGAUGCCGCUUCAAAGUGUUUAAAAGUGACAUAGUUCCAUCAAUUGGACUUGAAGGAGUAUUGCUGAUGGAAGCAAGUUCCUCGUCAUGGAGUAGUGUAAUAUGUUAUUCCAGGCCAUACAUGAAGACGAAAGAAAAAACAGUCCAACAGAACCGAGUUAGUCGCGACAUUCAGGAUUUCGUCCAUGUCGCUUUUGAUGUGGUUUUAUGGCAACAACAAGGUCCUCAUUUAAUGUGAGACCUUAUCAUCAAAGACCGAGAGCCUCCUCUCUUCCUGGUAUUUUGCGGUUAGAGGAAAGGGGGAACGAACGAAAAUUCCUUAAGCAGUAAGAAGAAAUGUCUCCGUGCUUAGACAAAUCUGGGCUAUUUCGCCUACGCCAGGUUUCCCAGGCUCUUCAUGCAUCGGCAUAGUCAUCAACAUCCCCCAUCAUCAUCAUUCUCGCCUAGGAUUCAGCAGAGUUUCUGCGAGACAACAGUCCGCAUUUUUGGACACGAAAGACAUGGCAAAAGCUCUUUCCAAGAUUCAAAAUGGAGAUGAAAACAAUGAAACAGGGUUUGAGAGGACUCUCACGUCGAUCCUACCCUGCCAAUCUUCCUUUAGGAACGCACAACUGAGUAGUGGGCAUCGAAGAAUAGUGGGAGGUCCGAGUGCAGACAAAUAUCUCAAAGCCAUUUCAUAAAUUUUGACUCCCUUUGGAGACAGAUGCACUGCUCCAAGGAUACUUUUUCAUUCCACCUUCUGAGUACCUCACUCUUCAAGAGCCCAUUUUUUGAAGACUUUGCGUUCUCCAGAGUGGCCUUUUUCAGGAACCAUCGGCAGGACAAAACCUGGAGCUUUUCUUGGCACAACUCAAUAAAAACCAUGAAGCAUAAAAUUACCACCUUCGAAUACCCUCGAAAGUCUCUGGGACAGAUUUUGUGACUUUCGCAUUGCACGACUUAAAUUACACAGUCCAAAGAAAUGUGAAGAAGUCAACGAGGAAUUCACAAGACGUUCGUUCCUCUUCACCUCUCAUCGCCCUGGAAAUGUGUGCACAAAGACGAGUCAACCAAGAGUGACAUAAUCUGUGUCAGGAGCUCUCCAAACUGAACCGGAAGACAGUCCCUGGAUGUGUCGAGAAAUCCUACUUGGGAGUUUAAGCCUCGGUAGUCUCCUCUAAUGCGACUUUAUAACUCUUUGGCGUAUGGACUGUCACCUUCAUGAAAAGCAAAAUCCCAAAGCCUUUUUGAGAGUCUGUUGAGAUCGAUUAUGAUGAUGGCGGAGUCUUAAGAAAGAAACAAAGACUCGCUCCUCAAGAGAGGUUAGGCUUAAAAGGAGAUAUUAAAAUAUUCAUAUGUCCACGUGGACCAUUUUUGACGAAAGAAAAUGUCAACCAAAGAUGGUGUGUGGCCUUCUUUCCUUGAGCUAAUUUCCCACGAGGAAUUAUAAUAGACUAACAUGUUCCUUAUAGUUCAAGAACAUUAUUACUUCCAAAAAAUUUGACUCGUCCAAAGGGAGAAACAGUUCGGUGGUGUUUCUUUUUGUUUGAGGACCCUACGGCCAGAGUAGUGGCAUUGGCUCUGAGAAGAGAGUGAACUAGUAAAACCAAGCCAAGUAAUGAGCCGAAAACGAGGGCAUGACUGAACCAGCAAUGUCCACCAAUGCCCAGAAGCGUCAACAUGAGCAAUCUUUAUCUUCGGUGUCGUCCUCGAGUCCAUCAUCAAGAGACUUGGAUCAGCCCCAGGUCGUCGUCGGGAACAACACCCAGAAGUUUGCCACCGUUUUUCAAACCCGCUGUGAUAUCUUUUUUCCCAUCUUCCAGUUGGUGCUUAUUUUUGGUCCUUUUUCUCCUGGUCACUUGUCCAAUGAUGACAGAUGAAGCCAAGCACCGCCUCAAUAAGCACCACCAUCACAAUCGUCACAGACAUAGAUACUUGAGGCCAGGGACAACCACCACUUUGAAGGGUGGCUCUAUCUCUCGUUACUCGGCCGCUCAGGCGCUAAUGGACAACAAGAUGAGGUCCAGUCGGGGUAAAUACACCAUGAAAGAAGAAGUUGUUCGGAGGAUUGAAAUUGAUCAUCCCUGUAAGCUCACCACCACAGCCGUCAAGGUCACGUUCCCGGGCAUGAAAAGCGAGGUCCUGGUCAGUUUCCUGGGCUACAAGGAGCCUAAUCUGAUGUUCGUCAACCGAUGCAAGGGCCUGUGCUCCAGUGAUGCCAUUGGCAAAGUGGCUUGUGUGCCGACCAAGCGGACUUGGAAAAAAGUGAACAUGCAGCUCAAGACCCAGGUCCUGGGGCGAGAUGCCAAGGAAAAAGCUAAGGAACUUAUGUUGGAGGACCACACCGAGUGUGGCUGCCAAUGUCUAACCAUGUCUCCGUCUCAGUGUAUACGACCCGAGUUGUUCAACAACGAAACGUGUUCUUGUGCCUGUGAUAACUCAAUCUACCGGAGAGAUCAGCUGCAGUGUGAGGCUUAUUCGGACCGGAAAUGGGACGAGGCGACCUGCUCUUGUCGUCAUGUGGAUGAGACCAUUCCUCCCGCCGGAGGCUCCCUCAAUAUCAUGACCCCUGCUCGAGGUGAUGACCUACCACGUGGACAUCAAGUGGACCCACCGAGCAGCGGUUGUACCGAGUGCUUCCAUUGCCUUGGCUUGGCCAAAGGCUACGGAAAGAGCAGCAUCGAGGCCAUGUCGCAAUCCGCUUCGGGAGACAUGAUCGUCCAGAAUAGCUGGACCAUCAUUGCCGUGUGUGCCGUCACGAUCGGCGUCCUGGGGACCACCACCAUUUACUAUUGGCGAAAAACCAAACAGAUGGGGGACGAGCUUCAUCAUAAAUCUAAUUCACCUUUGAUGCUCCACGACUUUGGGGAAAUGAAAUCCAUGGACGAGGUUGACCUUGGGUUUCAAGACCCGAGCUUUGAGUGCAUGCUCGCCGCUGCUACCACUACUGUGACCUCCAACAAACCUGAAUAUAUUCUCAAAGAAUUAGCAUCGCCUCCUCCCAGAGGCCGAACGAGACAUCUGGAAAAGUCCAACUCAAUGAACGAGUUAGACGUCCAACAUUUGCCUGUCCUUGAUGUCAAACGAGAAAAAGGAACCAAAAGGAAUGGAGACGUCGUCAAUGCCCUUCCUCGGGCAGCCUGCCCCGCCAACAAUAACCCCACCACCACAACAACAACCACGACCACGUACAAAUCCAACAGUUUGGGACGGACCAAUCACUCGAAGAGAACAAAUCGAUCCUCGAAGAGCCGCAACAAAUCUAAUGGAGGCCAUGUGGCCUAUUGUCAGGACCACUAUCAGACGGAUCUUAUACAGGGGUGCUUUGAAAAUGGGGCAGAUCUCGAUCAAGAUUCGCCCCAAUUGAGCUCGCAUCCCAGCAGUUUGAAUCGACAAAGAAUUUCCACUUGAGGCUUCUCAUGCUGCUCGCCACUAGACCAUUUCUCAAGGGCCUCCAAACCAGAGCUUUGCCUUCUUGGUGAUAGCCUGCGAUGGGUCAUUGUUCCUUGGACCCAUUAAGCCGGGCAUACUCAUGUUUUUGAACAAAGCUGCCUCGAUGACCAAACGACAAAAUGCACCACCAUUGGCCCAUUUACGUAGAAAAGAAUACUUGCUGCCCUCCCUCUCCUCAUUUGAGGCUGUUCUGCACCCACCAUAAUCCACGGUUCCACGGUUAAUCCAUUACCGUCCAACUCUUCCCAAGACAGUGAGCAUGGAAUGAGGUACUCGGUUUCUUUCCAGUAGUGGAAAACACCAAUUGAGGAUCCAGUAAUGGAAACACUUGUUAAAUCUAAUGUGGUGUGCGGUGCCGAAGAAACGCAACUGAUUUUCUCGGAAUUCAUUUAUGCAUGAACUGAAGCCCCCCUAUCCCCCCUAUCCCCCCCUCUCGCCUUUUACAUGGUCUCCCAUCUACCCUAAGCCAUUCAUUCCAACGCCAUCAGCAAAUUGUCAGCAACGAACGAAGAAUCGUUUCGCGAGAACGACAGAACGGGAAACGUCAACCUGUCAAAAUAUCUCGGUUCCAUUUCCAGGCAACCAUUUCGACAAUUUAAUGCCCCGUUCCUUGUACACAAAUAUACGCUCUUUCUCUAUUAGUAUUUGAAUCUGGAAUAUAUUUCUAUGAAAUCCUA